AUGACAAGCAGCCGCCACCAUCAGCUCCAGGUACUUCAAGGACUGGCUGAGCAAAUGGGAGAUGACGACGAGACGGUAAACUUGUCCCUUGUGGAGCAUCUGACAGCGAUCACAGCGGCUCACCCAAGAAACGAACGGGCUGAGUGGAUGUGGCAUCGACUCGAACUCAAGGCCAAGUUUCGUGGCGCCUAUCUCACAGCCAAACAGACGGGUACCUGA